CCCGCCCCCAAGACGCCGAGCCGGGACCCCGGGAUGGCAGGCAAGCAGGGGUACAGUGGCACCUUCUGCCCAGAGGGCUCUGCCAAGGCCCAGUGCUUCAGCCCAGGCAGCGCGGCGAGCCUGGCUCCCUGCAGCCCUGAGCGCGGCCUCUUCUCUUCGCCCGCGGCUGAUGCUCGCUGGCUGAGUUGCCCGGCACCGCAGGCCCCAUCCUCGACCCACGAGAACCUCACCCUGGAAGAGCUGCUCACCCCUGUCAUGGAGAAGCUCAAGUACCUGCUGAAGAAAGCAGAGGAUUUCCAGACAUACCUGCUCUACAGCAGGGACAGGAUGCCGAAGGAGCAGUUUGCCAAGGCCGUGCCCACCUUCCUGCAGAUGUGCCAGCCCUACUUCGAAUACCUGGAGUCCACCGCCCGCAGCUACAACUCUGGCCUGGGCGCCAUGCAGGCGUCCGUGCGCAAGAGGGUGAGUGAGCCAGGGGGUGGGCUCACAGAUGCCUGCAUAGAGGAAGCAACUCUGCCCCAAGCACUGACUCUCGCUGGAGAGACCCAGGCUGGGACCAGACUCCCCUGCCACUUGCAGCAGCUCUCCGCGAAGCAUGAGCACGACAGUGCCACCAGCAACACGCAGUGUGUCUCCCAAGGCUGA